GCUCGAAAGUAAACACAACCUUCUCCUCCCCCACCCAUUCGACGCCACGCGCCUUCCAAUACGUGUUGUGUUGAUAGCCAAUAUCCACUUAUCAGUUUGCCUCUUCCCUGUAACAGCUGAAAUACUCGGAGAACAAAUAGCUGGUGAUGGUUGUAUGCAUGUUUACAGGUAACGAAGAAUUUGCUAACAUGCAUUACUGUAGAUGAAAAGUGCCCUGGUUAGCACUGCCCUAGUUCUAGACCAAUUUGUGUACUUGUCAUCACCAAAGAGUUCAACUUUUGAACAGCUUUUGGAGUCAUUUCAAGUUCAUAGUGCAGAAUGGAUAUCGUAACGUCAGAAGCAAGGUGGUCACAGGAAAGAAUGAUUUUGGAAGACAUUUUGAGAAAUGGAGAAAUUACAGUAAAGGAAGAAGUUCUGAUUACCACAUCCCUGGUUCCAGUUUUACCCACACACACCAUAAAUGUGAAGGAAGAACUGGGGACAAGAACACCUCCACCUCCUAUCACCAAAACAGAAGUAAUAGAUCUUGUAGAUGAAGAUGAUGAUGAUGGUGGUGAUGAUGCUCACAGUCAUGAUGGUAUGUAUAUAACAUCACAGCCACCAGUAGUAGCUGACUUCUUGACUAAUGAUCGUAAUGCAGCACCACAACAUUCCACCGUGAAGCAACUAGAUACUCCACAUUCAGUUAUGUGUAACGCAAGUGUACCCUCUCCCUUGAGACCCAUAGAAACAAACAAUGAAGACAGUCUUGCUCAUGAACUAAAAUGUUCUGAGUCUAUUCGGAGAGAUCCUCUCUCAAAAUCAAGCCAGACAAGCAAUGACUCCAACACUGCACAAGAACCCCAAUGCUUGGGUCCAUUUGAAGAAUCAUCAUGUGUCAAGUGUCCUAAGUGCUCAGUGGUAUUGACAGGGUAUUUUCAAAUUCUCAGUCAUCGUUGUGUUUGCAUAUACCUUUGCAGUGAGACAGUGAAAAAAAAAAUUAAAUGCUUCUUUUGUGUGAAGGAGUAUAGUACUGUGAGAUCUUUGAAAAAGCAUAUUAAAACAUAUGUUCAAAAGACAUACGUAAAGUGUAGCAUUUGUGGUCUGCGCCUUACCAGUGAAUCUUCUUUCAGAACACAUGCACUGACACAUACAAAUCAAUGGCCAUAUCGCUGUGACAUCUGUGGUCAGGGUUCUGUAUCAGAGUAUCAGUUGGAGAAUCAUAAAGCCACUCACGCAAAGGAGAAGUCUUGGAUGUGUGAUGUCUGUGGAGCCAUGUUUCACAAUCAUGCAAGACUAAGGAGUCACAAAAUGGUUCACUCAGAAAGGAAACAUGAAUGUGACUUGUGUUACGCAAAGUUCAGAGAACGUUAUCAACUCAAUGAACAUAAGAGGAAAGUACACUCCACAGUGAAAAUUAAGUUUCAGUGUGAACACUGCAGUUCAGCUUUUACGUCUAAACACCAAUUGAAGUACCAUAUAGAAAUGAAACAUGAUGAUAAUUUUGGUGGAGAAAGCUUCAUUUGCUCUGUGUGUAACAAAGAAUUCAAACAUAGAUUUGCUUUCAAUAGGCACAUGUAUAAGCAUAAAUAUCAGAAUGAAAAUGUAAUUUACACAUGUGAUAUGUGUAAGCGGAAUUUUGCACAAAAAUCCUCUCUGACUAGGCACAUUUUAGAACACAAUGGGAAACAAUUCAGUUGUACUCACUGUGGAAUGUUAUUUACACAACGAAGUAGUGUAAAAAGGCAUAUGUUAAAAUCGCAUUUCAGUGACAGAUGACGCUUAUGUUUAUGUGGAAGAGACAAAAGGAAAACAGGAUUUUGUGACCUCUGUGACUGAAAGGAAAAUCUUGUGAACUGUUGGACCCAUCAUAUUGCUCUCCAAAAUUAUUAAAUACUUGAUGUUUUGAUCUCUCGUGUGGGAUCUUCAUCAGGGUUGACAGACAACUGGACAUGUCAAAAUAAAGUGUGUGUUCACACACAAAAGACUGUUUCUUCCCACUUUUUCAGAGUAGUGCAGUUUUUGGAUAAAAAAAGUUUUCAAACUGCUAAUGGUAAAUACUGAUAACUGAUAAGGAAAUAGGAAGGAGGAUACAUUAUUAUAAUAUAAUUGUUUUCUUGCCACUGAGGUGGCUUCCUGAUAACAUUUACUUGCUCGAUGGUAGAUAGCCAUGAAGCCAAAAUUUCUUAAUGCAUGAUUUUAAAAAUCCUUUACAAAAAUGGUGGGUUGCAUCUGAACUUGCAGUAUUCAGGUUCUGGAAACAGUUGUUGUGAUCUGACAAACUAGGUCAUAGGGAAAAAUUAAGAAAUGUGUUAUACCAUAGAUUAGAAAGCGUAAAUUUCUGAUGGCCCAAAUAUCUGUUUUUCCCAGAAUAUAUGGUCUUCCAUAGGUAGACAAAGAGGGAUGUUCAGUGAGAUGUCUUGUGAACAGGGUUAACUUUCCAGUGUACUUUUUAGUUUGUCAUUUAUCACAGAAACUGAAACAUCUGGUUGGGAAAAUGAACACUUUCUUGAGGGAUUCCAACAUUCAUUAUAAAUGUUGUGAAGGAUUUCAAAAAUUUGUUGUAAGUAGUACACACAGUGAAGGUAUCCAGAACUGACAUUCUGGUGAGUUUCAAUGUGCCUUUUUUAAAGACAUCUCAGUAAUAGAUGCUAUGUAGUUUGUUGGAGGCAAAAUUGCUAUAAAUAUAUGUGAACUGGUCAAAAUCUGCACGUGGUUAAGUUGUUUUGAAUAUAAACAAUAAAUAUUUGAGCAUCCUGAUGAUGAUGAUGCUGUGUGGUCACUUUUGUUGUCAGUAGGAGCUGACAUUUUUUGGGAGCAAUCCCAGGAACAGGCAUUAACUAAUGCAGAACUAAAACCAUGCUGGUUCCACAAUGUCUGUUUCCGAGCUUGGGGUAAUCACACCUUGAGAGGUAAAAUAGAAUUUUAGGGAUAAAAACAGAAAGGGUUCAGUAUUCACUACCUCAUUAGACUCGUAAGUUUUAGAUAAGCACUAAUUCUAAAAUUUUUAAAUUUGAAUGUUAACACAUGAUAGACAUGGCAGAGGUUACAGCAGAUGUAUUUAUGACACUGUUUGAAAUUUACGCACUGUCAGUGAAGACAGUUAGCUGCAGCUCACCACUUUCUUAGAGCAGCAUAUCCAUUACUGGCUCCACCGAGGUACCAGCUUGCUCAUCGUUCUUCUUUUGUUAGUCAGUCAUUUUCUUGCCAAAUGCUAGUAAAUCAUCGGACACGUGAAGUGAAUGCACAAUCGUUGCCUCCGAUUUCACUACAUUGUUAGCAUAUUUCAGAUUGUUAGAUGAGAAACAAAGGAAGGUGAGCGGAAGUUUUCGUAUUCCAGAGCCAACUAGUAGCUGAGAAACUUUUAAUUUACAGCAUUGCAUUGGUAGGUGUUUGUACUCAUGGAACACCUUCCAUGUUGUGCGUUUGCUCUGGAUUGCACACAUUGGUGAAAAGAGUUGCUCCAAAUGCAACAUUCAGCCACCGCAUUAUACAUCGCUAUGCUCUGGCAGUGAAAGCACUUCCUCCUAAUUUGUUGAAUGUACUCACUUAGGCAGCAAAGAUUGUAAACUGCAUCUGAGGUACUGCAACAAACACAAAGAAUUGUGGAAAGAGGUUGGAAACGAAUUUGAUGUUCACUUAUUCCUCACAGAAGUGUGAUGGCUAUCACAUGGCAAGAUGUUGCAUAGAGUGCUCAAGCUUUGACAAGAAAUAGUUUUUUUUUCUAGAAAGGGUAAAGGUGGAAAAGGAGAUAGACAUAACAUACCAAAAUAACGGAUAAUAUAUUUAUUUCCAAAGUGGCAUAUCUUUGAGAUAUCAUUGUAGAAAUAUAUAUA